UCCUUUUCUUUCAAAAAGAGACAAAUUUUAAAAUGGCGUGGUUGGGCAAAAUUACAUUAUUCUGCAAGAUCAUGGCGGCGAUUGCUGCUUUUGGUUACAGACGGGUUGAAAUGUUCAUUAAUUACUAUCUGUUUGCGGAAGAAUCUUCUAACUGGGAAAUAGUUUAUUUGUUUUUUCUAUACCAAUGGCCUGUUGCACUUUUAAUUCUUCAUAUCGUGUACAGGAAAGAAGCAGAUUAUGGACCCUUUGAGUUCAUUGCAAAUCUGGGUCUGCAUUCCUCCUUUGUAGUAAUGCUAUACAAACCGUGUCAGAUUGCCCUUGGGUCUGCAAUUAAUGCCACUCCUCCCACUCUUUGGGAGGGGGUGUUUGUGUUUGGCAUUUGUCCAGCUGUAAUUUCUUGGAUGUGGUCAGCUUAUGGACCCCGUCGUCUACCCGGCUGGCAGGAUGUGGUGGACAUCUUCAACUUCUUCAAUCAAAAUGGGAUUAUUGCCGGUUUCAUUUUCGGGCCUAUUUUUGCUGGUGCUUAUAAGAACGUGAUGCGGAUGCUCCUUCAUAUUUUUUUUAGUUGUUGUUGCUAAUUUCAUAGAAUGGUGCGUCAAUCACCACUUAUGUCUCGUAUUGCUGUUUUUGUUUUUGUGUUAAUUGCCGUGCUUGUACAGGGUGCAGUAUUUGCAUCAAAGGGCUGAAUUAAUUUCAAUUUCAUUCUAGAUGCAAAUAUUUUGUAAUUUGGUUUAUGAUGAGUGGACUA